AUGUCGAGUGAGGAAUUCAGACUGGUGUCGCCGACGAUAGACAACGAAGGGAAGCUGCCAAGAAAAUAUACAAAGGGUGGUCAAGGUGUUAAGAAGAAUAUCUCUCCUCCUCUUGAAUGGUACAACGUUCCCCAAGGUACCAAGUCGCUGGCCUUGGUGGUUGAGGACAUAGAUGCUCCUGAUCCUAGUGGACCGCUCGUGCCAUGGACUGUGUGGGUGGUCGUCGACAUUCCCCCGGACAUGAAAGGUCUGCCUGAAGGAUUUUCUGGCAACGAUGAGCAGGUUGCCGGUAUUCGAGAAGGUAAUAACGAUCACAAGAUCCCCGGAUGGCGUGGGCCUCUCAUGCCUAGUCACGAUCAUCGUUUCCAGUUCAAACUCCUUGCUCUCACCGAUAAACCCAAACUUGGUCACACGGUGACAAAAGAGAGAUUGCUGGAUGCGGUUGAAGGGAUUGUGAACGGAGAAGCGGUUUUCACAUGUUUUGCUUGA